ACGCAGAGCAAAAUGGCGACGCCCACCAGGUUUCCGCUCGCUAAAUUGUUUCGAGCGCCUCAGUCUUCCCUGUCAGCAAUGUUCCUUCUCCGAGACUGUGGCCGCCGGGCCGCGGCGUCUCUCGGCAAACGCUUGUCUUUGUGUCGCCUCCGCAGCGACAGCGCGGCUCCGUGCGAAGCGCGCUUUGAUGUGGUAGUGAUCGGAGGGGGGCACGCGGGGGUCAGAUGUCCUGUAAUCCUUCCUUUGGUGGCAUCGGAAAGGGGCAUUUGAUGAGGGAAGUGGAUGCCUUGGAUGGCUUGUGUUCUCGAAUCUGUGACCAGUCUGGUAUACAUUACAAAGUAUUAAACCGGCGUAAGGGCCCUGCUGUGUGGGGGCUGAGAGCACAGAUUGAUAGAAAACUUUAUAAACAGAACAUGCAGAAGGAAGUCCUGAAUACACCCCUGCUCACAGUUCAAGAGGGAGCUGUAGAAGAUCUAGUUCUUACAGAACCAGAGCCUGGAUCCCCUGGGAAGUGCCGGGUCAGGGGUGUUGUUUUGGCAGAUGGAAGUACAAUUUAUGCAGAGAGUGUGAUUCUGACAACUGGGACAUUUCUGAGAGGCAUGAUGGUAAUUGGAUUGGAGAUGCAUCCAGCAGGACGUUUGGGGGAUCAGCCCGCUAUAGGGUUGGCUCAGACUCUGGAGAAGCUGGGGUUUGUGGUAGGAAGACUGAAGACUGGAACUCCACCCCGACUUGCCAAAGAGUCCAUUAAUUUCAACAUUCUAACCAAGCAGACACCAGAUAAUCCAUCCAUACCAUUCAGCUUUCUCAGUGAAACAGUGUGGAUCAAGCCAGAAGAUCAACUGCCAUGUUACUUGACUCAUACCAACCCCAGAGUGGAUGAGAUUGUCCUUGAGAACCUGCACCUGAAUAGCCAUGUUAAGGAAACUACAAGAGGACCCCGAUACUGUCCCUCCAUUGAAUCAAAAGUUUUACGCUUUCCAAAUCGUGUACAUCAGGUUUGGUUGGAACCGGAAGGAAUGGAUUCUGACCUUAUCUACCCCCAAGGGUUGUCUGUUACACUACCAGCUGAGUUACAAGAGAAAAUGAUAACGUGCAUCAGAGGCUUGGAGAAAGCCAAAAUGGUUCAUCCAGGCUAUGGUGUUCAGUAUGAUUAUUUAGACCCCCGUCAGAUCAGUCCUUCCCUUGAGACACAUUUGGUUCAACGGCUAUUCUUUGCUGGACAGAUAAAUGGAACCACUGGUUAUGAGGAAGCUGCAGCUCAGGGUGUGAUAGCUGGAAUCAACGCCAGUCUUCGAGUCAGUGGAAAGCCACCCUUUAUUGUAAGUCGCACAGAAGGCUACAUAGGAGUCUUGAUUGAUGAUCUGACCACACUGGGCACCAGUGAACCAUACCGCAUGUUUACCAGCAGGGUAGAGUUCCGUUUGUCACUUCGCCCAGAUAAUGCUGACAGCCGCCUCACAUUCCGAGCCCAUAAGGAUGCUGGCUGUGUGUCCCCACAGCGAUAUGAAAGAGCUUCGUGGAUGAAAUCUUCUUUAGAAGAAGGCAUUUCUGUGUUGAAAUCCAUUGAGCUUUCAAGCUCCAAGUGGAAAAAGUUAAUUCCACAAGCUCCUAUAAGUGUUAAUAGAAGCCUUCCUGUCAGCGCUCUAGAUGUUCUUAAGUGUGAAGAAGUUGACAUGGACUUACUAGCCAAUGCUGUUCCUGAGCCCUUGAAGAAGUAUACUGCUGAUAGAGAGCUGGCUAGAAGACUGAAAAUAGAAGCUGCUUAUGAGUCUGUAUUGAUGUUUCAACUACAAGAAAUAAAGGAGGUUCAGCGAGAUGAAGCUUUACAACUGCCACAAGACCUCGAUUAUUUAACAAUCAGGGAUGUGUCAUUGUCCCAGGAAGUUCGAGAGAAGCUACACAUGAGUCGCCCACAGACUAUUGGGGCUGCUAGUCGUAUACCUGGAGUGACACCAGCUGCCAUCGUCAAUCUGCUCAGAUUUGUGAAGACCACUCAGCAAAGACAGGCAGCAGUAACGGAACACCAAACCAAUUAGUACUUAUGUGAUACAAAGAAACUUUUAUACAGAGAAUUGUAACUGUCAUUUCAUAGAGGACUUCUAGAAAGAGCUUAGAGAGGCUGGACAGUGGUGGUACACACCUUUAAUCCCAGUACUCAGGAGGCAGAGGCAGGAGAUUCUUUGUGAGUUCAAGACCAUCUUGGUCUACAAGAAAGGGCUUAGAGAGUAUGAAAUAGCACCUGUGAGAAUAGCAUUGUUAGAUUAUUUUAGGUUUGUACUUGUAAAACAAAUGUUACAAUUGUGGGUUUUUAUGUAUCUAAGCAAAAUAGUUAAAAACAAUGUAUAGUUCUUUCUGGGUCUCUAUACAAUAAGCCUCUGUAGGUCACAUAGCAUUCAUCAGAGGUUAAUAAUCUAGCCAAAACUAACCCUGAAACUGAGUGGUGGUACAGAUUUUAAGUAAUCCCAUCUCUUUAAGAGCUGAAGCUGGGCUGGGCAGUGGUGAUGCACGCCUUUAGUCCCAGCACUUGGGAGGCAGAGGCAGGCAGAUGGAUCUCUGAGUUUGAGGCCAGCCUGGUCUACAGAUCAAGUUCCAGGACAGAGGCAGGGCUACACAUAGAAGUCUCAAACAAAAGAGACGAAAGCAGGAGGAUCAGGAGUUCAAUAUUAAAUUGAGGGGAAACUUGCUCUUUUCCAGUCUCAGGCUCUGAGGAACUGCCCAUUACUUUGUAGACAUUGUCAAUUCUAAGAACCACACAAAUAUAACCAGUCCAGAAAUAGCAUCAAGAAACCCCCUUAUAAAGAUACAGUCUAAAGGGGGUUGACUCCAAAUACCUGAUGGGCAUGUUACUUUGUCAAGAAAGUCUGAGGGUGCUGAGUCCAUCAAAGCCUUUUUAAAAACUUAAGAAGACUAAGCCUGAGACUCUGGAAGAAGACAGACAAUGCACAGUCAUUGAGUGGACAUGCUAAGGGUAUCAAGGCUCCAGUGAAAUCCUUUCUGCAAAUGUGGAGACAGAUGAAUUCAUUUCACAACCCCAUCUCCCAUAUUGUGGGCAGGUGCCUAGUGUCCUAUGAUGUUUUUCAGGUAUGCUUAAGAUGGGGAAAAAGAUCAGUUUGUAGAUUUGCUACUCAUAAGCCCAUGUGUAAAUUAAUUUGGUGAACUUUGCUCAUAAAGAAUACCAAACCAUUGCUUAACCUUGUCUGCUUCCUGUAGGUUAGGAAGCAGUGAUUCAAGUCUUAAGUCAGGAUGAAAAUGAAGACUGAGCUGAGCAAUGGUGGGACAGACCUGUAAUCCCAGCACUGAGAGCCAGAGGAAGGUGGAUCUCUAUGAGUUUGGGAUGGCCACUGCGGUCUACAAAGCAAGUUCCAGGACAGCCAAGGCCACACAGAAGCCUGUCUUGAAAAACCCCCCAAAAAGAAAAAUGAAGGCUACAAAACCACUCAGAUUCACUCAGCUAAUUUAUUUUUUCUCUCAUUUGAGGAUGGUUUUCAGCUGGUGUGCUAUUACACUAUUACACACAUGUAAUCCUAAUACCUGGAUAGAGGAGGAGGAGCAGGGGAAGAAAUGGAUAAGCAGUUAAGUGCAAUGGCUGCUUUUUCAGAGCACAAAGGAUUGAGCUCAGCACCCACACAAUGGCUCACAACAGUAUAUAACUUCAGUUCCAGGCGAUCCAACACCUUCUGGCCAUGUGGUACACAGACAUACAUGUAGGCCAAACACCCAUAUGUGUAAUACUUCUUUUUCUUAUUUUAGCAUUUGGAAGGAGUCCAAAUUCAAAGGAGUUUCAUAUAGGCAAAACACCAAUGCUUAAAAUAAAUUUCAAAAAAGAAAUUAUGCAUCAAUAGAUACUGACCUAGAAAAACCAAAAGUAAAUGGAACAUACAAAAGGAGUCAGAAAUUCAAAGUCAUCUUCAGUUUGAGGCUAGUCUGGACUACAUGAGACUACCUCAGGUGUGUGAGUAGGUGGUGGCUAUAUGUGUAGCCCAUGCAAUUUCUAAUUGUGGAAUUAAUUUGUAGUUAAAAGCUGACUUAGAACAUUUAAAUCUUAGAUUCCAGUACUUUGGAAAUUUUCAAUAAUUACUAGUUUUGAACAUUAAUAAAUACUGUAAAACAGACACAUAAACUUACUUUAUGUAAGUUUAUGUGUAAGCUGGUUAAGAGAGGCUAAAGGUGGUCAGAUUUUAUACAACAAAAUGUUUGCUGAUGAAACUGACCUGGCCAUGAUUUAACAAUAAAGCAGUCCAUCCAUAGUAA